AUGAGGGACGAAGUCUGUUGUGCUGCGAAUUUCGUGGCAGAGUUGCUCAGCACUGGUGUUGAGUGCAUGGACGAAGAGCAGGUUGAGAUGUUCACGACAGACCUGACGCAUCGCUUGAUGGAACACUAUAAAUGUCACUGGCAUCCCGAGAAACCCACGAAAGGCAGUGGGUAUCGAUGCCUGAGGAUCAACCAUCAAGCAGAUCCCAUCAUUCAGUGCGCUGCAGAUCAUGCUUCGCUCACCUCCGAACUACAUCGAUUGCCAGCGGAGCUGACUAUCUGGGUCGAUCCGCGUGAGGUUUCCUACCGCAUUGGCGAGGAUGGAUCAGUGUGCAAUUUGCUCAAGCGAGCCGCGCCGCCAUCCACCAGCAUUAGCCCGAACGCAGAAAGUUGGUAUCCUGCGUCUCGUUCGCCACCAUCGCCGAGCGUCUCCCCACCUCGACAAAGUACAUCGCCCAACUACAGCUACAGUCCUGUCAAUUUCGAAGUGAGGCGCUCGCCGCUAACGCGCCGUCUCUCUCAGCCCGAUUCGACUCCAUGGAACCGCCAGGGCGCUUCUCUGUCAUGGCUCAACGCCACGACGAGCAGCAGCAGCAAUAGUAACAACUACAACAGCAGCGAAUACACUCGCCACGUAUCCUACAGACAGCAGUCGUAUCCAUCUCCUCCGGAGUCACCCCCGACGAUUACGUCCAGCCAUCACCACCACCACCACCACCAGUUCCUGGCUCGCUCUCCAUCACCUCCCUACCGGAGCAGUCGCAUGGCCAGGUUUGUGGCGACGCCCGUAUCGUAA